UGAUAAUGAAUGAAAACAUUUCUUACAUUAAAGCGCGUGCACUUUUGAAAAAAUAUUCAGUUGCUUUCGUUGCAUUGACAGAAGUUGUUCCUUAAAAUUUAAUUUUUGUUCCUUAAUAUUGAAGUUUAGUGAUACAUAAAAAUGGCUGCAUUGACAACAAUCUCAUGGACCCCAACAGCAAAUGCCAAAGAUGCAGUUAAUCAUGCACUUUUCGCUGGAUACCAAUCUGAUGGCAAGAGUGUUUAUGUAGGAAAGGUUCAGGAUGAAGAAGGAAAUUUCAUUCCUGCUAAAAUUGUUCCUGAAGAGAAUAAAAUUUUCUUCGAGCAAGGUGGUGAGGAGAAGGACUCUGAAAGAAUGGAAUAUCUCUUUCACAACGAAGGUUACGAAUGGCUAAAGUCAUCAAACGGACGAGCUGUACCAGAUGCUGUUCUCUUAUCCAACAAUUAUAUUGGUCGUGCAGAAAUCGAUGGAACAACUGUCGUAGGAAGAGUUGAUCUUGAAUCCAAGCAAUUGAUUGCUUCUUACUACGGCAAAAUUUUAAAUUUAAGCGACUAUGACGUUUUGGUUUUUAAGCCACAAACAAAUAAGACUCGAUUCCAGCAAGCCGUAAAAGUAUCGAAGGAGAGAUAUGAAAACUUUUAUAACGACAUUCGUUCGGAUUCAUCGAUGUACAGCGAGAGAAUUUAUCGCGAAAAUUCAUUUAAUCAACAGAAGUUUUUGGAAUUACAAAAUAGAAUUCAAUCAUUAGAACUUGAGCUUUCAAACUAUAAGAAUGAUCGUAAGAAUUAUGAAGCUAGAAUUGCUUAUGAACAAAAGAGAGUUCAAGAGAUGAGCGAAAAAGUCCAAGGAUUAAGAUUUGAAAAAUCGACAAUCAUCCAAGAACGUUCUUCAUUUGAGGAAAGACUUUCGUUUGAAAGCACUAAGAUCAAUGACCUUGAAUUAAAGCUUAGAGACUACAUCAACGAGAAUGAAUUGUUGUUGAAGAAAGUCUCAAACUUGGAAGAUACAUUGAGAUCCGAAAGAUAUCAAUUGGAGACAUACUCUGAAAAGUUUAGAAGUAUUCAGACAGGUGGAAAUGGAGGUUCAAGAAUGAAGACAUUCGAAGAAAAAGUCAAGAGCCAACAACAAAGAAUCUUCGAACUUGAGCUCUUGAUUGAGACCGUUAAUGCCGAUACUGAUUCAUUCAAGUCUCAAUUGACAUCAUACGAGAGCACAAUUGAUCACCAAAAGAUCCAAAUUGAAAGCAUCUUGAAGAAGAUGCAGAAUGCAAAUGCUGAUAACGAAUUUUUAGUCAAGAAGUUGUCAUUGCUCCAACAAACCUUAAGUAACUAUAAAUACGAAAUUGAAUCAAUGACAGGACAACUUCAAAAUGCUAAAGGAUUAAUUGCACAAUUGACUGCCGAACUUGCCAGAGCUAAUGGACAAUUAGCAAAGUUCCAAGCAGCACUAUCAAACUCAUAUAUCCUUAAUGGUGAAUUGAUGACCAAAGUAUCAGGACUCAGUUCACUCUCACAAUACCAAAGCAGCUUUGACUCCAAAUUUGACAUGUUGAGUGUUAACUUGAACUCAAUUGAAGCUAGUUCCAAGGCAUACACUUACAACACUCCAUCAUUGUUGGAAGCAACAGGAUCCGAGACAUACAUGAGAUAUAUUCGUGCUUCAUCAUCUGGAAGUGAAAGGGAAGUUAAUUCUGAUGUUGAAACUGGAUUCACUCCAUAUACUCCAGCAGACGAUAAGCCAGUUCCAAUCAAGCCUUUGUAAAUCUAUGCUCUACCAAAAUAUCCACCAAAAAAUUUAUAUUUUUCAAAACUUUUUGAUUUAUUAUCAAUUGUAUGGCUUUCAAAAUCAUAAAUCACAUGGUCAAUAAAAAUACAAUUAACUUUAAUA